AUGGCUUAUCCGCUGGUCUCGAACGUAGCAGAGAAGUUGAAUAACCUCAUCCAAGAUGAGGUAGCUUUGUUGGUGGGUGUCACCGACGAGAUCAAAAAGCUUUCCCGUACGUUCACUUUAAUCCAAGCUGUGCUUAAAGAUGCUGAAACUCGGCGAUCGAAGGACGAAGCAGUGAAGAUCUGGUUGCAGAAUGUCAAAGAUGUGGCCUAUGAUAUGGAUGACAUAUUAGAUGAAAGGAUGACAGAAGCUUUCAGAUCACAAGUACCCGAUGAAGGCGAUGAGUCCUGUUUCAGCGAGAUGAAAGUAAGAAACUUCCUCUCGCCUAUUACUUGCUUCAAACAUGUCACGUUACGCCACAAAAUUGGGAGUAGGAUAAAGGAAGUGAGGGGUAGAUUACAUGAUAUCGCUGAAGAGAAGAAUCAAUUGGGUCUUAGAGCAGAUAGUGGGGAGGGUGAGAGAGUGGUUAGUGAAUUGAUCAGGCGGGGUGAGAACAGAGACCGAGAGACAAGCUCCCUAGUCAACCCACUGUCAGUGAUAGGCAGAGAAGGUGAAAAAAAUGAAGUCAUAGGCUUGCUGCUGCAGGAGGUAACUGAGGUACCCUUUGUCAUUUCUAUCGUUGGAAUGGGGGGUUUGGGCAAGACCACUCUUGCUCAGCUCAUCUACAACGAUGAGAAAGUAAAGGGGCAUUUUGACAUGAAAAUGAUACGAUAG